AUGUUACGGCAAUCACGACAAAUGCGGGUCGGUGUCGGUUCAACCCUAACAUAUAUUCCAGUGGCAAGAUCCAUCUUAGGGACAUGGCGUGGCGAGAGAGGCGAGGAAUGGUCAGCAGCCCAAGGACUGGAGUCUAUACUCCUCUCCAUCCAAAGCCUCAUGUCUUCGAAUCCGUAUGAGAACGAGCCCGGGUUUGAAGAUGCGAAUGAGCUUUCCGAUAAAAAGAAUCAGGCCGACUAUGUACAAAAAAUUCGGCACGAAACGCUUAGGAUAUCGGUGAUGCAAAGGAUGGAGGAAUACCUUGGGCUCGCCGCUGACGGAACAACAUCUGCGGCAUCCAAGUCUGCAGCUUCCCAGCAGGAUAUCGAUAUCGACAUGCAAGAUAUCGAUGAGGCUAGCGUGCCGUUUGAGCCAUUCAAAGACUUAUGCAAGCAGCGCUUUUUGUGGUAUUAUGAAUCGUACCUCGCUGCUGCGAAAAAGGGUAAAAAAGAGGUCAAGGACGGGCAGCCCUUUGCAAGGAUGCCCUUUGAAGGUCAAAGCAAUACGAUGGACGGAAAGUUCAACUACUCGGAGCUCGAACGCCGUAUUCGCAAUGUCAAGAAGGCCCUAGAUGCCGAGCUCCUGGUGUGGGCUGUAGAAGGGGCCAAGGAGAGCGCCAGGGAGGGAACGAUUGCGGUCAACUUGCACAACCAGUACCAACAGGUCAUUGGCGCGUUCAAGGCAGACGACAUCCCUCACCACGUGCAACUAGAGAAUGACAACCCCUUUGUAUGGGUGAUCACGUAUUUCGGACCACCAAUGACCAACCUGGAUGGCGGCUUGUUCAGAAUCAAGAUGCAUUUCAGCCCUCGCUUCCCAGAAGAACAACCGCGCGUUCGUAUGGAAACCAAGAUAUUUCAUCAUCGUAUCGCCGCUGAUGGCACGAUCUGCUAUUUCCCCAACCACACUAAGCGCGAGGAUGUCCGAUCGCACAUCGCAGCCAUAUUUGCUACGUUGGAGGAGGAAGACCCAGCCUACGACCCGCGAACGAUUGUGAACCCAGAGGCCCAUGCCUUGUAUUGGGGGAAGCCCGAGGAUAGAAAGGCGUAUAACCGCCGCCUAAGACGCUCGGUGCAGAAAAGCAUGGAGUAA